UUAUAUUAAUUGAAUUAAAUAAUUGCCAUUUUCUGAUAGUCGCCGCAGUUUCUCGUUGGUUUUAAUCGUGAAAAGGAGUCUAAAAAAAAUUUAAAAAAAAUGAUUAAAAAUGACAGACAAAGCAAGAGUAAUUAUUGACAUGAUUGAGAGUUAUUGAGAAAGCAAAAAAAAAACUUACAAAAAACCGAAAUAAAUGUCUGUUUGUGUCUCGACCUCGUCCGCGUCCUCAGCAGUGCCCUGUCAUCCCGCAAUUGAUAUGACAAUGUCCCAAAUGUCUCUCGGCUCGACGGCGGCCAUGAUGCACUCGAUCGCGCACCAAAUGCAACAAACGCCUCCUCCGCCCCCGCCGAUGCCCCCCGUUUCCGCGUCAUCCGUGCCAUCGCUCAUGCAUCCACUUGCCCUCGUCAAUGGGCUGCCCUCAACCAGCAUGGAUCCCGGACUAAUUCCCGCCUCACAGCAUUCCGAUCCGCACGAACCGAAUCCCGAAAUGCUUCUCGCCUUGAUUGCGCGCAACAAAGCACUCGAAGCUACAAUCCCCAAAUGCGGCGGAUGUCACGACUACAUUCUCGACCGAUUCAUCCUCAAAGUGUCGGACCGAACGUGGCACGCCAAGUGUCUUCAAUGCAUCGAAUGUCACGCACAACUCAACGAAAAGUGCUUUGCGAAAAAUGGUCAACUUUUUUGUAAACAGGACUUUUUCAAACGUUACGGUACAAAGUGUGCAGUUUGCGAGCUCGGAAUCGCGCCCACCGACGUCGUUCGACGAGCACACGACAACGUCUACCAUCUGGACUGCUUUUCGUGCAGCAUGUGUUCGCGUCAACUGAAAACUGGCGACGAAUUUUACUUGAUGGAAGACCGAAAAUUGGUUUGCAAGCCAGAUUAUGAGGCGGCGAAGGCGAAAGGACUUUAUUUGUCGGAUGGAUCGCUCGAUGGCGAAGGUUCGAAUAAACGACCACGCACAACAAUCACAGCGAAGCAAUUAGAAACUCUCAAAAGUGCUUACAACAGUAGUCCGAAGCCUGCGCGACAUGUGCGCGAACAAUUGUCCCAAGAUACCGGCUUGGAUAUGCGAGUUGUGCAAGUUUGGUUUCAAAAUAGACGUGCCAAAGAAAAGCGACUUAAGAAGGAUGCGGGACGCACGCGUUGGAGCCAAUAUUUCAGAUCUAUUAAGGGAGGCGCAACGUCACCACGUGACAAAUCCUUCGAUAAAGACGAGCUCAAAGUGGAUUUGGAUAGUUUUAGUCAUGAUUUAAGUAACGACAGUUACAGCACAGUUAACAUGGGCUUAGAAGAUGGGCAAUCUCCGCACAGCGGUCGAAAUUCUUACCUUUCAAGUCAUUCACCGACACCUGGCAUGGGAUCCAAUUACGCCUCGUACUCCGACAAUGUCGUUUACACCUCCAUUGGUCAAUCAGGUAUCCUUCCGCACGGAAUGAACAGUAGUGCCGUAUCCGAUAUGAGCAACGAUUCAAGCCCGCCGCAUGGUUAUCCCGAUUUUCCGCCAUCGCCUGACUCGUGGCUCGGCGAUUCCAGCACAAAUACGGGAGUGGCGCCAGUUCCUGUGCCCCUGAAUGGUCAGUCAUCGAGCUCCAGCGGAUCAACGGCACCCGCAUCAGCGACAAUGGCUCAUUAUUGAUACUCGAACUAGCUUAAAAUUGCACUAAUUUGUCUUAAAAACAAGGGAACUAUAAUUUUUUAUGCUUUUAUUGUUAAUUCUAUCCAUAGAUUGCAGUAAAAAAGUAUC